AUGUCGGGCUCCCGAAACGCACCAACGCCGUCCGGCAGCGCCCCGUCCGCCGCCCCACAGCACUCGCUCGCCAGGGCACGCAAAGGCAGCUCCACCUCGCUCAGCUCCCUGCCCACCGCAAUCCGCCUCGCUCAGCCUUCCGCCCUCAAACCCCCCUCGGCAGACGUGCAGCUCGACCUCAGCUCCGCUUCCGCCAGCGAUCACCCCUCUCUCCUCACCGCAGCCAGGUCAAAGAGCAAGACCAUCAGCCCCGCUGCCACCUCCUCCAAGCCCUCGGCCCGCGCCAACAUCAUCGACUCGAGCGAGGUAUGGAGGAGCAGCGCCGCAAAGAGGGCGGAAAAGGCGUGGGCCAUCCAGAGCGAAAAGUCCCUCUACUCGGACCCAAAGUUCAAAAAGUACUCGAACCUCGUCGAGCGCACCCUCGCCACCUUUGACAGCGUCAGCGAGUGGGCCGAUUUCAUCUCGUUCCUCUCCCGCCUCCUCAAGUCGGUGCAGGCAUACCCAAACUUCAACGUCGUACCCCGCAAGCUCAUCGUCGCAAAGCGCCUCGCACAGUGCCUCAACCCCGCCCUUCCCUCGGGCGUCCACCAGCGCGCCCUCGACGUCUACAGCCACAUCCUCGCCGUCAUUGGGCCAGACGGCCUACGCAGGGACCUCCAGAUAUGGACGUCGGGCCUCCUCCCCUUUUUCCAGUACGCCUCGACCUCGGUCAAGCCCAGCCUGCUCGACAUCUACGACAAGCACUACCUGCCCCUCCACGAGGACCUCCGCCCCAUCGCACGCGCCCUCCUCCUCGCCCUCCUGCCGGGACUCGAAGAGGAGACGGGCGAGUUCUUUGACCGUACCCUCAAGCUCCUCGACAGCGUCUCGCAUUCCGUCGGCCAGGACUUCUUCCUCCAAUGCCUCUGGCUCGUCCUCAUCACCACGCCCUCGACCCGCCUCGCCGCGCUCAACUACCUCACCAAGAGGAUGCCCGACCUCGGCCCGGAAGUCGUCGACCCGACACGAUCCGUCGGCAAGGACGUCGGCCUGAUGGUCAGAGGGUUCGCCCACGCCCUCGAGGACGAGACGCUGCUGGUGCGGCGCAACGCCCUCGAGCUCCUCGUCACCCACCUCCGCAUGGACAGGCCGCUGUUCCAGCGGCACGUCAAGGCCAACGACAAGGUCAUCCUUGUCAGGGCCGCGCUCAGCGUUGUGCUGCGCAGGGAUCUCAGUCUCAACCGACGCCUCUACAGCUGGCUGCUCGGCGCAGACGACGCCUUCGAGACCCAGAUGGCCUAUCUGCGCUCCCACGGCCUUGGCCUAGUCAGGCAGGCGCUCAAGGAGGACUUUGAGCGGGACACCGACAGCGAUCUGCAGCCGGACGCCGCGGAGCGACAGCGGCCCUACAAAAUCUUUGUGUCGCUGCUCGACAAGUGGGAGAUCGGACAGCCGCUGACAGAGGUCCUGGUCCUCGACGCCUUCCGGGCGCUCAGCCGACAGAUGACCCGUCAGGUCGACGACGAGAUCGCCACGACGGCGAAUGUGCUGUUUGAGGUUGUGGAUCCAUACCUGCUGUACAGCCAAUUCUUCAGCGCCGUCCGCUCUCAAUUCGGCCAGAAAGAAGCGGAGGCGGCUGCCGAGCAUUCGACAGAGGCGGGAGACGCGCCGAUCUCGGCCGUCGAGCUGCUAUGCUUCGCCCUCAAGAGUUUCCGGUUCCACGACGAGGAGACCAAGCAGAUCCACGUGCCAACUCUCUUCGCCGCUCUGCUUCAGCUCGUCGACAAUCGCCUCAAGGCAGGGAUAGCAGCAGCCGAGGACAUCAGGCUGCUACUCGACGCGUUGGAGCUCCUCAAGCUGCUGCUAGACCUGAUCCCGGCGAGGGUGUUCGGCAGACGCACCCACGAUCAGCCAGAGGACGGGGGGACUGCAGCGAUGUCGGACUUUGUCUCGCGAGCAGACGCCUUCUACGCUCCCGGAGAGACCGACGCCGAGGAGGCGGCGCAGCGAUUCCGGAGCUUCGAGGACGAGGCGUCGACAUCUGCACUACUCCGCCUUUGCGCUGACGUCACGUCUCGCCUCGGGAACAUCGUCAAGCCGGGAAGCUCGCAGCAGCAGCAGCAUCAGGAGAUGUCCGUCCGCAUCCUCGACAUCUUUGCAGAUCUCCUCCGCCUGUUGGACGCGCCUGUUCCAGCCGGCGAAGCGGCUGCCGCACGGCUGGACUGGGACGUGGCCGGCUGGGCGCCCACGCUGCUUGAUCGCCUGAGUCGCGCCGGCAGCUUCGCCGAGGUCGAGAGAAUGAUCGAGGUGUUGAUCUCAUGCGCGUUGCUCACCUCUGCCGGCUCGCGGAUUGACCUUGGUGGCGGCGACUACUUCCCACAGAUCGCCACCAGCCUGCUCUUCUACAUGGAGCCCGAUAGGUCGCCCUACCAAAUCCGCGCUGCAGAGUUGCUCUGGGCCGCACAGAAGGUCACAUCGCGCGGCCACCUCGAGCGGGUCCUCUGCCGGAAGCUGUCGGCCCCCGACGUCUCGGGACGAAUCCGGACGAUGCAAGCCUUUGGCACGCUUUGGCGGCUGUCCGAGGAUCUGCCGUGCGAGGAGCUGUGGGCGCCGCUCUUGCUGAUCCUCGACAAGCUGCGAUCCUCCGACCUCGAGGAGAAGCAGUGGGCCGAGGCCUGGCUUCGGGUCAACCUGCGCUCGUAUCCCAAGGUGGUCGACCCUCUCUUCCACAUGCUCCUCGCCAGCCGCCCGCCCCGCAGAGCCAAUCGACUGGAGCUCGAUGGCCUUCAGAUCGACAUCUUGGAGUACACGAGGCCAUACGACCAGCAGCAGAGCCUAUACGCGCUGCAAACGCUGGCGGCCCUCUCGCGUUUCAGCGGGCAGGGCUUCGCCCGGGCCCUCAAGAGCAACAGCGUCUCUGCGUCGGUGGAGAGGCUGCUCACGUCCUCUGCCGGACCUUCGUCAGACACGGAAGGGGCUCGCAGCUCCCAGGCCAGCUAUCUCGACGUCUUGCUCGACCAGUGCCUGGGCAUGCUUCGCGCAUACCCGGACGAGGCGCUGCGAAACAGCAUGCGCAAGAACAACAACGCUGUCCAGGCUGCGGCAAUCGAUCUGGUGCAGAUCCUCGUACAGAAGGGCCAGCUGAGUCCGGCCAGACUGCGGGAGAUCGAGCGGAUACAGAUCGAGGCGCUGCUGAUCGCGACCGCAACUGGUGCCAUCGAAGGUCAGAAUCGCUUGCUCCACGCCCUGCACUCGACUAUCACCGCGCGCGCUUCGGGCCCAGUCGUCGUGCAUGCGCCCGAACGGGUCUUUUCCACGUCGUCGACCACCAUGGACGCCAGGGAGGACGGACCAACGACACAAGAGACCGUGGGUCCGACAAAGGCACGCCUCGGCAUCACAGCGCAUCCACUGUUCCUGCCGAUGGUGCAGCGCGGGCUGGCGGCGGAGCGGAACCGGCCCAUCCUGCAGCACUGGUCCGACUUUGUGCUGAUGGCCAUGCCCUUCUUCCGCAGCAGCGUCAACGGCGUCCUGCUGCCCAUCAACGCAAGCAUCUGCGAUCUCAUCCGCUCCAUCACUGGCGAGGUCGAGAAGGCCUUUGUCCCCGCAAGCGUGCGGGCGACGUUCGGCGCCGAUCUUGCGGUGCAGGCAGAGGACGUGUCCUGUCUCUCUUCCGAGAUGGACCUCACGCUGCUGAUCAGCCUAUCGGAGCGCAUCCUGCUCCAAGCGCUGGGCGAAGAGCUACCCCAGCACGGGCCCUCGAGGGAGCCGAGCACGACGCAGGGGGAGCUGCGAGAGAAGGCGACGAGCGCCACGCAAGACAGCGGACCUGGCCUGCUGGGCUACGUCUCCAAUGUCUUUUCCGCCGACCAGUCCGGCGCUGUGGCAGGAAAGGCCGGCGCGGCCGUGGCCGGACGCACACGCGCACUGCAGGACACGGUGCAGACGCUCCACGGCGUGUGGACGAUGACCUACAUGCAACUCUCGCAGAGGGACGCCAAGGCCUUGGCGCUCGAGAGCAUCGUGACCAAAGUCCGACUGCGUGCGCGCCGAGCUCUCGAGCGCAUCUACCGGGCGCAGUCAGCCGACGUGGUCGAGUCUCUGCUCGAGUGCUGGCAACGGUCGAGGGUCGGCGAGGGAGAGCGGGACGGUCCGCGCAUCACGGCCGUCUUCGACAUCCUCGAGGUGGUCGCGGCGAGCGCCCAGAUCGUCGUCACCUACCUCUGCGACGUCCUUUCGACGCGCGUCUCGGGCAGCGGCGAAAAGGCAAGGAAGACGGCAAGCUCAUUUGCGGCGUCGGACGCCUCGCUCUUCGCCUUCACCGACGCCUACCUGGCGCGGAUGCCGCAGCAGGAGGCGCCGCAGGUGUGGCCGGUGAUGAUCCUGCUCGUCAAGGACUUUGUGGCGAGCAGUACGAGCCGCAAGCUGCACAUCUUCCCCGUGCUGCGGAUCCUCACGACGCUCGGCGAGAAGCUCUGCCAGACGACCGCCAUCGAGGACCGCAGGAUGCGGAGGGAUCUGCAAGACACGUACGUCAAGCUCGUCGAUUCGGCCAUUCUCAUAGCGGGCAGGUCGUACGACCAGUCGACCUGGAUCCGACGAUCGGGCAAGGCGAACGACGAGGAGCUCGACCUCGAGAGCAGCGGCAUCAUCGAAAAGGACGACAAGGCCGCCAUCCCCGGCGUCGACGUCGCCGGCAUGACGCUGAUCGACGCCAUCAAUGAGUUCCUCGCCACCAGGGCAGUACCGGCCCUGCGCAGAUUCCAGGUGGACGGCGACAAGAUCAUGUCGAUCGCGGCCAACGCCGUCUACUACAUUGUCGCCCCCAGCUUCCGCGUCAAGUCAAAGGCGCUGGAUGUGGACGCCAACGUCCUCUCGCUCGUCGGCGAGAUGGUCAAGCUGCCCGGCAGCCUCAAGGCCUGGCGCGGCGCGGUCGGCGAUCUGUUCCAGGACAACCGCUUCUUCACCAUGACGCCCGCGCUGGCCGAGAGGUGGAAGCCCAUUAUCCUCUCGCUGAUGCUCAACGACAAGGAGCGGCUGGUCGAGCUCAUCGGCCGGAUCACGAGCGCCGCCUCGGCCAACAUCUUCACCAACCGCGAGCUCGAGAUGCUCACCCGGGCAUUCAACCUGCGCCGGCUGUCGUUUGUCAUCUUCAGCGGCGAGCGCGAUGCCUUCCUGGCGCAGCUGCCGAGCAUCCAGGAGAGGGUCGUGGACCUGCUGCGCUCCAACGUGUCGGAGCUGGUGCAUGCCGAGGUGUACCUGUGCAUGCGCGUGCUCCUGUGCCGCUUCUCGGCGCGGCACCUCUCGAGCUUCUGGCCCGUCAUCAUCACCGAGCUGAUGCGGCUGUUUGAGGGCAUGAUGGACGAGCUGCCGCCCGACGAGUCGGACCAGCUGCAGCUCGUACUGUCGGCGUGCAAGUUCCUCGACCUGCUCCUCGUCCUCCAGACUGAGGACUUCCAGGUGCACCAGUGGAUGUUCGUCACCGACACGGUCGAUGUCGUCUACGCGCCCGACGACUGGGUGGCCGAGUCCAUCAUGGACCGCCUCGCGACGAUGGUGAGCGAGAAGCGGUCUUCAGCGAUCACAACGCCACCAACCGAGUCGAUGACGGCCUCAACGCAGCACGAGGAUCCAUUCUCCUUCGACUCACCCUCGGACCUGGACCACGCCACGCUGCGCGGCGGCAGCAGCAACAAGAAGGGUCCGGGUGCGGGAGCAAAGAAGCGGCGCACGCCGCACCUCAAUGCGCGGCGCCACGUGGGACGGAUCGAGGAGCUGCUGCCCUUUUUGCAGCGCAUCUCGCUCGACUCGUACGAGGCCGUGUACCACGUUGGCGUGCGCACGCCCAACGCCUUGCCCUCUUCCUCCGCCGGUGCCCCCGCUACUGCAGCAACUGCCGCAGGAGCAGGAGCAGGAGCAGGGGGAGCAGGGGCGGCGGGGUCUGGUACCGUCGCGGCCACUACGACGGGGGACUGGCCAUCGGACGAUGUGGAUUGGCGCGCCGUCGAGCUCGGCCUGCUCGGCGAUAUGUUCGAGGGCGUCUCCGCUGCCGAGGCGGCGUGA